CAACUUCGCUUUGGGUAGAGUGUCAAGACACCAACAAGGCAGCACCUCGUGUGAGGUACUGGCGCGCGCGCCCAAGCCUACUCGUCGUAUUGUUGUUGUACCUGUGUCGGCAGUCGGAAAGUACGAGUGCAAACAGUAAAUCAGCGCGAGGGGCAGCAGAACGGGCAUCGAACGACUGCUGCCGAGGGCGCUCUUGGCGUUUGGUCAGCGGAGGCACAGGCACGAUGUCCACCGCGGCGCCGGUGGUGCCGGAGAACCCGGUGGCAUCAUCACCCCCCUCCGUGAAGGCGGAUGGGGAUAGGACGUCUUCUGUGGCCAGCAAUUGCGGUGUCGGCGGACACACGGCGGAUGCCAGCGGCAAGUCUAACGGGCAACGGCCGGAGUCUGCGAGCAGCGCCAGCCAGCAGCACAAAAAGAGACGAGUUAUCGAGGACGACGACGAUGACGACGAUGACAACGACCCCCCGCCCGGCCACAAGCAACGUUUUGCCGCGGCGUCGCCGGCCGAUGCAGGCGGCGGCGGCGGCGGGGGGGGCGGGGGCAACGGUAGCCUGGCUGGUGCCAAGAAGGCAAGCGGGAUGAACGGCAGUUCUCCGUCGCACUCCGGAGACCGACAGCACACGGAAAAGAGGAAGAUUGUCGCGGGGCCACCUAGCAAGGGAGGAGGGGGGACGACAGCGGGGCUUGGCUCGCCGGCGGGAUCUUCGAAGCACCCUGCAAGCGGAGGCAAUGACGACAACGAGGACGAGGAUGACGACACUCCGAUCGCGUUGAUAAUGAAGAAGCCUCAGGCACCCGGUGCCGGCUCUAGCGAGAUUACCGGCAGCAAGGGCAGCGCCAACAACAUAGUCCCCAACAAGAUUGGUGGCUCUAAGAACGGCACGAAGAGCGGUGACGGGUCGUCCAAGCCAGCCUUCACGAUCCCGAAGCGAGAGGGCCUUUCCCAGCGGGCCCCCUCCUCAACCGGCAGCGGCAACAAGAAGAAGGUCGGCUCGUCCUCGUCUUCUCCCCGGCCCUCGGAGGCUGGCAGUAGCAGCAGCAAGGCUGGCGGCGGCAGCAGCGGCAGCAGCAGCAUGCGCCGUGACAACAGAAAGCACGACUACGACGACGACGACGACUUCGAGCAGAAGCCGCCCAAGAAAAAGCGGCCGGAGGACUUCACCAGGGACCCGGCCAAGGUCGCCAGGAAACGCAAGCUGCAGGAGGAGGAAGAGAGGAGGAUCAAGGAGGAGGCGCGCGAAAAGAAGCGGCGGAAUUUGCAAGGCUCUUCUUCCGCCAGGGCCAAGGCCAAAGUCAAGCCAGAGCCGAGCGGCCGCGGAGGCGCCGCCGGCCAGUCGAGGGCGCCGCCGCCGCGAACCAAGGCGCAGGCAAAGGACAAGGCGCCGAAGAAGCCCAAGAAGCUGACUCGCGCGGAGAAGAUCGAGAAGGCGAUGAAGGUCUACAUGUGGUGGGAGGAGCCCGCGCACGAGCCGGGCAAGCAGUGGGACUCGCUCGAGCACAACGGCGCCCACUUCGCCCCGGAGUACAAGCCGCACGGCGUCAAGCUCAAGUACGACGGCAAGGAGGUGAACCUGACGACCCAGCAGGAAGAAGUCGCGACUUUCUACGCCAGCAUGCCCCUCGACGGCCCUCAGCUGGCGGAGCAGGGCAAGGUGUUCAACAAGAACUUUUUCACAGACUUUAAGGCCGUCCUAGGGAAGGGGCACUUCAUCAAGGACUUCAAGCUGCUCGACUUCUCGGCCAUCCGUGCCCACCUGGACAUCACCAAGCAGAUCAAGCGCGCCGCCACGGACGGGGAGAAGGCCGCUGCCAAGACGGUCAAGGAGGAGCUCGUGCACAAGUACAGCUACGCCAUCGUUGACGGCCACCUGGAGAAGGUGGGUAACUACAACGUCGAGCCUCCCGGCCUGUUCCGCGGGCGAGGGGAGCACCCCAAGACGGGCAAGCUCAAGGCGCGCGUCACGGCCUCCGACAUCGCCAUCAACUGCGCCGAGGGGGUUUGCGUCCCGCGGUGUGACAUGCCCGGGUACGCCUGGCAGUCCGUGCAGCACAACCCGUCGGCGACGUGGCUGUCCAAGUGGGACGGCCUGCUAGUGGGCACGAAGUACAUGAUGCUGGCUGCCAGCUCGUCGUUCAAGGGCAAGAGCGAUAUGGCCAAGUACGACAAGGCCAUGAAGCUCAAGGGCUUCAUCGAGAGGAUCCGGACGGACUACAUAAAGAAGCUCAGCAGCUCCGACAGGCGCACCAAGCAGAUCGCGACCGCGGUGUGGAUCAUCGACAAGCUGGCCCUCCGUGUGGGCGGCGAGAAGGGCCAGGACGAGGCGGACACGGUGGGCUGCUGCUCCCUCCGGACGGAGCACCUUACCUUCCACGCCACGAACAACGAGAUCGACCUCGAGUUCCUGGGUAAGGACUCAAUGCUCUUCAAGGAGACUAUCGACUUCGACAGGUACGGCGAUGUCGGCCGGCGGGUGUUCAAGAACCUGCAGGCGUUCUGCAAAGGCAAGCGCCAGUCCGAAGAAGUUUUCGACUACCUGGACCCGAGCAUCCUGAACCUGCACCUUCAGUCGCUCAUGCCGGGCCUCACGGCGAAGGUGUUCCGUACCUACAACGCCUCCGACACCCUACAGCAGAAACUCCCUAGUGAAGCCGCCCUUGCCGGGCUGUCUGUAGCGGAGAAGGUGGCUCAAUACAACCUAGCCAACAGGGAGGUGGCUAUUUUGUGCAAUCACCAGAGGACCGUCAGCUCGGCGCAGAAGGAAGGUCUCGAGAAGCAGCGCGACCGCCUCGCGAUGUUAACCAAGCAGAAGCAGGAGCUGAAGCAGAUGCUGAGAACCAUCAAGAGCGGAAAGGGGUCGGUGCCGCUAAGAUCGAACGACAAGUCCCAGGAAGAAAGUGCCGCCAGGGCCCUCGAGAAGGCUGAGAAGGCCAAAGCCAACGCGAAGACCGACGAAGAGAAGGUGGCGACGAUGAAGACUGGCGAGACUGCGAAGGCCACACGGAAAGCGGCGCAACAGGCUAACCAGGAGGCGAUGUACCUGUUUGCCAAGAACCCCAGCGCGGAGAGUGUGGAGGGGCGAAUCAAGAACUGGGGCGACAAGAUCAAGAAGCUUCAGCAUUCGGUGUUUUUGGCGAGUCCACAGCGAAACUAGAGCUGUAGGCUUGACUGAAUGAAUACCGUUCGUUCGUGAGAGAGAUAAGAGAGUCGAGAUGAAGCAUGUUCACGAAAAAUGAAAAAUAUGUUUCGAAGUGGAAUUCCACGUCUUUUGCAACACGUGCGUCGGAUGUGGUAUCGUGUUUGUUGAGUACCCUUGUUGUGUACCUUGAGUGCGUUUGGCACAGGCAACAGUCGUCGCAGCUUGAGUCAGGACACUCCUCGUUCCUGUGUUUUAUGUCUCUCGCAGUUUCCCAGCCGCUCGGGAAAACUGCUGCUCGGUAUAGACUUAACUAACAUCAUGUCGAAAGCCUGAGACUCAAGAGUUCAACCAUGGUUCAACCAUGGUUGCACUCUAAAAGCAAGACUUUUUUUUUCGGUGCACCAGUUGGCGACCGCCUGGAGACUUUUUUUUCGCCGGCUGUUGCCCGCUGCAGCGGGUCAGUCUCUGGAUCACAGCGCCCCUGUCGCGAGCUCGAAACUCCGAAGGCGAGCAGAGUUACAGCACGGCGGUGAAGUACGACUAAAUCUCCUGCAUCCGGGCGCGUCUGCGGUAGGGACUGUCACCUCAAAGAAUCACGCAGCUCAUUGGACGAGCUUGUGGAGAACGCCAACUCAUAAACCAUGACCGACCACCACGUUCAACCGUUGUUGUUACAUGUAGUAGCACCGACGGCGGAUUGUACUGUAAUUGUGGGCGUGGUGUCGACUAGAUAUCGACAGACUGCUGCUGUCGUCACCUUCUCCACGUAAGCAAUGCCAGCUGAAGUAAUUGCUUCCAAGUCCUCACGUGCAUCGUGUAUCUUCACGUACGUGCACACGGCAACGUAUAAUAUAUGCCUGAAAUAU